AUGGAGGGUCGGGGAUUUGGAGAGAACAAAACGGAAAAAAUCCCUGUAAUGCGUGGACAGUGGUUUAUUGACGGGACCUGGCAGCCUCUAGAAGAGGAAGAAAGUAAUCUAAUAGAACAGGAACAUCUCACCUGUUUCAAAGGCCAACAAGUGCAAGAGAACUUUGAUAUGGAAAUAUCUAAACCUGUAGAUGGGAAAGAGGCUGUUCAUAGUUUAAAGUUGAGUCGCAAUCAUGUGGACUGGCACAGUGUGGAUGAAGUGUAUCUUUACAGUGAUGCAACAACAUCUAAAAUUGCAAGAACUGUUACUCAAAAAUUGGGGUUUUCCAAAGCGUCCAGUAGUGGGACAAGACUUCAUAGAGGCUAUGUAGAAGAAGCCACAUUAGAAGACAAGCCGCCGCAAACUGGUCACAUAGUGUUUGUUGUGCAUGGUAUUGGGCAGAAAAUGGACCAAGGAAGGAUCAUCAAAAACACAGCUAUGAUGCGUGAUACUGCAAGAAAAAUAGAAGAAAAGUACUUUUCCAAUCUUGCAACACAUGUUGAGUUCCUACCCGUUGAAUGGAGAUCUAAACUUGCUCUUGAUGGAGACACCGUUGACUCCAUUACUCCUGAUAAAGUACGUGGUUUAAGAGAUAUGCUGAACAGCAGUGCAAUGGAUAUAAUGUAUUAUACAAGUCCUCUUUAUAGAGAUGAAGUAAAACAGAACUUGGAAAGAAGUUUGAACCGCCUGUACACUCUCUUCUGUUCUCGGAACCCAGAAUUUGAAGAAAAAGGAGGGAAGGUCUCAAUUGUGUCCCAUUCCCUAGGAUGUGUAAUCACUUAUGACAUAAUGACUGGCUGGAAUCCAGUUAGACUUUAUGAACAGUUACUACAGAGGGAGGAGGAAGAGGAGCUCGAAGACCGUUGGAUGAGCUACGAGGAGCAACGUUUGAUUGAAGAACUUUACAUAACUAAGCAACGAUUGAGAGAGAUAGAAGAGAGGUUACAUGGAUUGAAAGCAUCGAGCAUAUCCAUUUCAAAAGUACCUGCCUUAAAAUUUAAGGUUGAGAAUUUCUUCUGUAUGGGAUCUCCAUUAGCAGUGUUUUUGGCAUUGCGUGGCAUCCGCCCAGGGAACAGUGGAAGUCAAGAUCACAUUCUGCCCAAAACUAUUUGUAACCGGUUGCUAAACAUUUUUCAUCCAACAGAUCCUGUGGCCUAUAGACUAGAACCUUUAAUUCUGAAGCACUACAGCAACAUUUCGCCAGUCCAGAUUCAUUGGUAUAACACUGCAAAUCCACUACCUUACGAGCAUAUGAAGCCAAGUUUUCUCAACCCAACGAAAGAACCUACCUCAGUCACCGAGAAUGAAAGCGCAUCGACCGCAUCGAGCCCAACCACUUCGCCAGUCAUGGUUCGACGCCAUUAUGGGGAAUCUAUAACAAAUAUAGGCAAAGCAAGUAUAUUAGGAGCUGCUAGCAUCGGGAAGGGCCUUGGGGGGAUGCUGUUUUCAAGGUUUGGACGAUCUGCUGUACCCACAUCGCAAACAUCUGAGACGGGCAAAGAAGUGACGGAGGGAGAAGACAAGAAGUGUGCUACCGUUGGAACCCCGACCUUCCCACACAGCAGCUCUGGCUUCCUCGAUGCCACAUUGGAACUGGAGCACAGGAUUGAUUUUGAACUCAGGGAAGGUCUCGUGGAGAGCAGAUACUGGUCUGCAGUAACAUCACACACUGCCUAUUGGUCCUCUCUGGAUAUCGCCCUCUUCCUGUUAACCUUCAUGUAUAAACAAGACCAAGAAGAUAACGACACAAAUCAAAUUUAGGCCCUAUUUGACUUCUUUUUUUUUUGUUUGUUUUUUGAUUGGGGGAAAUUUUGCAAAAAAUGGCACAAAACUGACGUUUUACUGUUUAAAACACAGUAUUUGAGGCAUGGAGGUUUCAGGUUUAAGUGCAUGUUUGGAUUUUCCCGUUUCUAAAGAGCAAAAGUGAUCUGUAUUUAAAAGCACGUUAUACUUUCGAACAGUGCUAAAUUAGACCCUAAAAUGGCUCCAGGCUCUUGUCAUUUUGAUUGUACAAAACGUCACUACAGUCUGUAGCAUCGCACGAGCGCUGUUGGUGCAAUGUGCUUGAGUAACAUACUUGCAAAUGACCAUAAUUGCUGUUUAGUUCAUUGAAGUAUAAAGAUUACUUGACUAAAAUUAAAUUAACUUCCAUUAACAAAAUAUAUGUUGGAUACAAACCUAAAACUACCAUGUUCCCCCUGUUUUAUGUAUCAGUAAAUAACAACCAGUGGUGUCAUUUUUCUAGGACUUGCUCAGAUCCACACAUUACUCACAGUUUCAUUGAAAGACCAUUUUGACUGCUGACUUCAAGGGUAUGUUACACAUAACUUGUUUAGAAACUAAUGCUGAAAAAGCAUGAAACAAAUAUUUGAGAUACUGUAAUUAUAAUUUAUUAUUACCUCUGACUAAUUGUUUCGUUUUAUUCCAGUGUAUAAAACAUUGCUUUUUUUACUGGUUUCUUUUGACAUAAUUUAAGAACCACAUUUAUUUUCUACAGUGUUAAGACUUUUUUCUCAGAAAUACAUAUCUUUGUACUAUUCAGAUGAAUAUAUGGACACUGUGGCACACUUUCAGUAUUUUUUCAUUAAAAAUAAAUAUUUGUGGUUUCACAGAAAUGACACUAGUUACAUUCUUCUCGCAGGUGAGUAACUGCUUGACCCGGCUCCUGCCGUUACACGUUUCUCAGGCAAGUGAAGGCCUUUCUGGCCUCAGGUUACACUUCAGUAGAAGUGACCCAACUGCAUUACCUUUCCCACUGCUGAGUAAGGGUGCGAUGGCUGUAUUGAGAGGAAAGAUGGGAACUGAAAAUCGAGCUCAGAGACUUACAGAAGGGACAACACAAGCAAGCAGCACAGUGCAUUUUAUUAAAAGCCAACUAAAAAGAGGUCUUGUGCCAAUAUUUUCUUUUAUGAAAAUCAGACCUCUUCACGGGACUUGAGUUUAAAGGAUUGCAGCUGCGGCUGGGUCUCAUUCACAAGAAGCCGGGAGAGGAAUGGUACAAUGGAAGGAAACAAUCUUCAAAUGAAACAUGGAAAGGUCACUUCUAGGAUGAUGAAAUGUUUCAGGGCCUGGAGCAGAAGCAUCAAAUUCAUGGCCUAUGAGCUGGACUCUGUGUCUUAAUGUGCGGGGGUGGGGAAGCAGGAAACCUCUAGCUUUAUUGGCUAUGAAUAGCUGUGAGCCCAGUAUCGACUCUAAGCCACGUCUGCUUGAGUCUCCUGAUCUCCUGAAACAGGCUGUGAGAUGUUAAAAGUUUGUGCCCCUCCCCUCCUCUUUUAAAGAUGUUGGGAAUGUCGGCUCGGAAGCCAGCUGAUUGCACUUUAACGUGAACGUGAGCUGUGUCGUGGUUUGCAUUAGAGGUAGGAGAGAGUAGGGACCAAGAGUGAUCCCCGUUGCAGGGGAGGAUGGCUGUAGAGAAGAAAAAAGGGUAUGGACAGACCAGCUAGUCACCACGAGGUAAAAGGGGCUGGUGAUUUACCACAUGUCAGUGAAAGAAAGCCAAACCAUGCCACUAUACUUUAGCUUUUAUCUACCUCUGGAUAAAAUUUGUCUUACUACACCCAAAGAAAAGAGGAAGAGGGGAAAAAGCCAAAGCAGCAGUAGUCUUGAAGACGGCCUUUUCUCCUGUUGGGUGAUGCUGGGUGCUGUGACAAGGUGCUCCAUAAAGGCACUAGAUAAAGCUUAGCUGCUACACCCGGCCAUGUUUUAACCCUGUUCUGGAGAACCUCCCGUUGACCUCAGCAGGUUGAUAAUGAUGGACCCAGAGACCUUAAAAACGGAGUUAGGCUGUCUGUGAAAAAUGCAUUUGACACGCCUGCGUUGGUUAAAACGUACUUUCCUUUUCAUCAGAGGUAUUUCCAAUGUCCAGAUGCUUUCUUCCCCUUUUGUUUCCGAGAUGUGUAAGACAGCUCAUUGAGAGGUUCAGAAAAUACCUUCAACUCCAACUUGUGCGUCGCUUGUUUUUCAGCACUUCUAGGCUGGCCGUUUUGUCACUUCCAGCAAGUGACACUACUGAAGCUGUUUAAAUGUUACCAAAUGUACGGGUUUGAGCUUCCUUUCUUUAUUCUUUGUGAUCCAGCUGAAAUGAACCGCUCUCCAAGAACGCCUCUUCAGAUUUGGAAAUGAUUUAUAUAGGCACGUGUGAGAAGGUGUCAGUAUGUGAGAGCCUGGACCCUUCUUGUUGGGGUGAGUCGCCACCCACCAAAAUUUGGUAGCUGCUGCUGAAUGAAGGACUAGCAGCUCGGCUACUGUGGGUUUUUUCUUCAAAGGGUGCUGCUGCUCCACUGGCUGGAGGUCACUUGUGUCCCCACAUGGAUGAACAGAGGAGCCGUGUCCCUUUUAAAUAGAAGCUGCAGCCAACAGCUGGAGCCAUCCUAGCAGUGACAUAGCUAAUCGCUGCGGCUCGCUCAGUCCCUGGUUGCUUUGCAAAUCCUCCCCCCUCUGCGGGGUAAGGAGCCCUGACCCUGCGAAGUAUCUGCCCCUGACCCACUGCCAUAGCUGGUGGCUGGGCAUGAUUUUGCUCUCAUUCAUACCGCUGAAAAUCAGGAAAAGCUCAAAGGUAGAACGUGCGACAGAAAAGAAGCCAACUCAAUGACUAUAUCACAACAUGCUUAUUUUUUUUCUGGUUUUGUAGGGUUUAUAACUCUGUCCUUAUUUGUAGCUUCAUUUAUAAAAUAACUUGGUAAUAGAGAGAACACGCUUGUGCCUGGAAAUUGUUUCUAAGUGUGCAAAUGUGGGAAGCAUAUUGUGCGGAUAAACUUGUAUACUCUUCACCCUCAAAACAGGGAUCCCUUUCUCCCCACUGGAGAUGAAAUGGUCUCGCAGUGUUAUUCAGAUGUGUGGCGCAGACACAAGCAGAUUCCAGCAGGUUCGCGCCUCUGUGUAUUAAUCUGAACGUGGCGGUACGAGUCCUUAUGUCUGAGGCCACGUGACGGGAAUGCAUAGCUGGAAUUGCCAGGGCCUCCAGCGGCGAGCUCGUCUCCUUGUCUGGCAGUGGACUUUAGCUUUGCAAGACCAAUACAGCUACAACCUGCCUACCUGACCUAUAGCUCAUUACUGCACCUCCAGCCUUUCUCGUCUGGCUUGCUCUGCAGCGGCUGGACGGACGUCCCAUGUCACGACAACAUGAACCCUGAUGUUCAUGGACUUGAAAGCUGGAAGGAACUGUAGUGAUCUCAUCUGACCUUCUGUGUAACACGGCCCGUAGCAUCCAGCCAGGAUCGCUGAGCUGCUUUGGAGGUAUGUGCUAGUCUUUUUUCCCCCGGUCGCUGCGCCAAGGCUGUGUUCUGUUUGGGGGCUUUCAUUUUUUUUCAGGCUUUGUGCCUGCAGAUGUUGUGACUGCGUAUCACUGAGCGGUUCUUCUGCAUUUUGAUCCUGGAUAGUCAUAGCACGCUGUGGUGUAUGGGAACUUCUGCUGAUGUAGUUCUAUUGUUACCCAGAUGCUACAGUAUUCUCUGUGGCUGUCCGUCAUGUUCAGGUUUUAAGGCAGUUUCCAGCUACACAGAGAAAUGCAAGGGGUUUUUAAUAACUAUUGUUGUCAAGCUUUGGGCACAAUUAUUGCAUAAUUCUGCAGUUGUGCUGUCAGUAGGUCGGACACAGUUUUUACGCUUCGCUUUUUAUGAUGGCACUUCCUGCGGAGACGAAUUCUGAGUCUGGUGCGUGUUUCUGGACAAUAACAUGUUAAUUCUCCCUUCACUACUUUACUCUGCAACAUCUGGCAAGAGCAGCUGUGUGUGUGAGCAUGUAUAUGCUAUCCUUUACUAUAUUUUCCAUUGUUUUACGAAGCAAGGGUAUUUUACCCUAAGCCGAAAACAUCUGUGAAAUACACAACACGCAUCCUUUCCGGGUUAUUGUAGCAAUAACCUGUUUAAACAAUUCUCACCGAUUUGAUUUCAGAGAGACCCAUCCCAACCAAGAUUUUCCUUUAGCUUUGCAGUGAGUAUCAUGGGCGAGGCCCGAGUUCUCGCUCUGGCUCUAUUUUUGGAAGGGGGAGUGUUGUUCAAAGCAUUGUCUGUUACCUUCUGCUUUUUUCAUUAAGUAAGAGGGUGCAACUUUCUCUUCCCACUCCUAUCCACUGACUCACUCUCCAAGUAUGUUUCUGGUCAGGAUGUCUUGGGACUCUGUUUUUCCAACAUACGGUUUUUGUGUUUCCAGCGGUUCGUGGCAAAGGCUGGGAAUUUGCUGCUGCCCUUCAAAUGCUUUCAAUCUCCGGGGAGCAGGCUAAAAGCUUGGGGAAGAGGCAGUAACUGACCUGUUUUAUAAAGGUGCUGUGGCAGAGAACCAGCUCCAUGCCUGGAGUUAUGUCCAGCCCUGGUGCUGGGCGGUCUCGGACUUGCUCCAGGACACUUCGCAUUACACCUGGACGCUAUCUUCCGUGCGGCCCAGGGUCCCACCACUACUAUGUGUGAGCCUGAAGUCCUGUGCAUUCGCUUCCCAUCCACGUUGUGAGAUGUUUUGUGAGCCAAAGUAGUAAAGGAGUGGCUGGAUGAGAAACUUUGGCAAGGAGCCAGUCAUCCUUUUUCAGGGCUGUUUUAUUCAGAGAUGAAUGGCAUCUUUCUGCCGGAGCUGGUGUGAGCCAGGAGCACUGGGCUUUGUCGUGCUACACCAAACCGGUCACUUGCCUAGCUUUGGCAUCCUACCUUCAGCCAGGUGGAUCUUGCUGGUGUUGGAGAGAUGGAAGGAAACGGCUCCCUAGAAAACAAGCUAUGAGCCGCCCAACCUGUACUUCCUGGUGCUGCCCUCCAGAAGCAGUGGGCUCCCACUUGCACGGGAGACCAAAUAGCCAACCUUACCACUUCGAAGAGGCAGCCAAAGCCUUUGGUUCUGGCUCUGUUGUUCUCUUUGCAUUACAGCAACACGCAGAGGCCCCGUACUGCCAUGGAGCUGCGUAUCCGUGCCGCUAGAUUCGUAGAUUGUAAGGGGCCGGAAGAGACCUUGGAAGAUCAUCAGGUCCAGCCCCCUGCACCAAGCAGGAAAGACAACUGGGGGCCAGAUGACCCCGGCAAGGUGACUGUCCAGUCUCCUCUUGAAGAUUUCCAGGGUAGGAAAGAGACUACCCGUCCCCAAGUUUAUAAACCAAGAGACCAGACCAAGUCCGAGAGGAAAGAUGUGGGAUUCACCCUCGUCCUAUGGGCCACGUAACAAGACUCCGCUCUCUAUGCACAUUUGAUGGUGACAUUGCAGAGAUGCAUUGCCUUUUCUCAAGAGCAUUAGACUGGUUAAUUACCCUUAAACUGGACUUAUGGUUGUUGCUCCAAGUCGGGCAUGAGAGAGAAGAUGGCAGACAGGAAGUGGGGCUCCAAGCUGGAGAAGUGCCUGGCCCCAGGUCACAGUGCGAGUGUGUGUCAGAGUUUGGCGCUGAACACAAAUCCGAGUCUUGGGCAUAUGCUUUCGCUGCGGGGUCCCCGGCACCACCUGGGAGCUCUGAUCAGCCCAGUGCCGGAGGAGCAUGGGGCCUUUGCUUCUGUUGUGAGCGCACUGCCUUCUCACGCUAGCUUCCAGCUGCUCGCUCUUGCAGUAUAUGGAUGCAAAAGAAACUAGAGGUUUCCCUUUGCCCUUUCUGAUUUUUCUGCUCUUCCCUUUUCCUCUCACUUUUUCUCAGGCGCUCUGCGUGCUGGAAGCUAUCACCAGCCGGAGGCCUGCCCACGCUGUGCCGCGGGUGAAGCUCAGCAGAGCGCGGUCACGUCUGGCUGAUGCAGCGCAUCCACGCAGCACCGAGGUGUGUAAGCAGAAGCUGAGCCUGUGCACUUGGAAGAGGCAUCGUGGCGCCCCAUGCCACGGUCUGGCAUGCUGCCUCGUGGGAAAGUUUUGCGGUGGACAGCAGAGCUGCCUUUGGGGAAUUGGAGGGCUUGGGGGUCGCAUUCCCCAGCUGUGCUCCCGCUCUCAGGAUCUGCUUCCUCUUGUCUUGUUCAUUCUCACAGCCAGAAACGUGGGGAAUGUGGCUGCCGUAAGGAGCCGCAGGCAGUGAAGCCGGCCAGCUGCUGCAGACGCUCCCUGAAUGAGUGCACGUGGCGGAAGUUUUUGCCUCUUGCACACGCGCUGGGCGCAGGGACCAGACAGCGAGGCCCACUUGGGGUUACCAGCAGUGGCUUCUGGAUAGUAGAAGUCAUUGGAGUCGCGUGCUGAGGAGCUGCCUGGAUGCUUGCCACUCGCAUGCGUGCCAGGCAGGUUGGUGAGGCAUUGAGGGUGGAACGCAACUUUUCCUUCCACAAGCAAAAGCAUCAUCUUCAGGCAUUUGUCCUGGAAGAAAAGGGUUAGAUCAGAAAUCCAAGGUCCUUCUGCUCUUCCCGCCUGGAGGGGCCAACAGGUCCCAGUGCCUUCUCUAAUGCAGAGCAGGGAUUUGAGCAGAAGGCUCCUGUCACCUUGGGGAGCAUCCUAAUUACUGCCUGAUCUGGGCUUGGCCUCUCGUUGUGAAGUAGAGCAGCUUUGUGCAGAAUGGAAACACUCAUUGAGUCGGAAAGAGGGUGACGGGAACUUCCUGGCCCAACAGUUAUGGGGGUCUCUGCUCCGGUGACCAAUGUGUCUAACGGAAAGACAGCCGGCCUUAAUGCGUAAGCUUAAAGAGCCAGGGAAUACACAAGAGCAAGUGGUCCAGCUGUGAGCGGAGGGUGUGAUAUGUGCCAAGUCCCUGUCAUAAAAUCAUAGAGAAGAUGGGCUGGAAGAGAUCUCUGAGGUCGCAACUAGUCCAACCCCCUUCCUGAGACAGGAUCAGCCCCAUCCAAACCAUCCUAUACGAUCCACUAUCUCUGACCUCUACAAGACACUGCUAUUAAUCCUGACACAACACUCACUUAACGCUAACCUGCCGCAGGGAAAGCAGGGGAACCGCGGCAGCCAACGUCCUGCUUCUAUAAAGCGUUGUCGAUAUAUGCUCAAGAGGUCCUGGGCCUCCGCUACAAAGAGAGGCAAAAACCCCCACAGUCCAUCCGAAUCUGACCAUGGGGUAAAAUUCCUUCCUGACCCCAAAUAUGACAUUGGUCCGACCCUGAGCAGACGGGUAAGACCCUCUAGCCAGGAACCUCCAGUAUUGAUCCCAGCAGGAGCAUUGGCACAGCCCAGACAAACUCCUCAGCCUUGGCUAUAGCCAGCACCCAGUGCUUCUGAGCGGGGCUUAAAAGUACCCUGAAACACGUAGCGGGAAGUGGGGAAGGGGGCAAGCAGCAAAGCCCAGAGGUGUGGGAAAUCCCUGCGGUAGAACAUAGGCAUCGCUACACCUAGAUCAUCUCCGACCUGCGCCUGUUACCAUCUUGAACGCUCCCAGGGAUGGAGAGUCCACAACUUCCCUAGACGUCUGUUCCACCGCCUCUCUGAUCUAACAGGGAAGAAGUCUUUCCAGAUAUCCCAUCUAAACUUAGAUUGCUGCGAUUUCCAGCCAUUGGGCUGUGUCCUCCUUUCUGCAGCAAGAAAAAAGGUGCUUUUCCUCUUCUCUGUGGCAGCCCUUCAGGAAUCUGCAGAGUGCUAUCACCUCCCCUCUUAAACACCUUCUCUACAAGCUGAACAUGCCUAGCUGCUUCAGCCUCUUCUUGCAUGACUUGCUUUCCAAGCCCUUAAUCAUCUUCAUUGCCACCUCUGGACCCUCUCUAACUUUUCCACAUUAAAUAUGGAGCCCAGAACUGGACAGAGGAUCCAGAUAAGGCCUGACCAGUGCCAAGUAGGGAGGCACUAUCGCCUCCUGGGUCUUGCAACUGGUGAUGCAGCCCAAAAUUGCAUUUGCCUCUCAUGUGGUUGCAUCACACUCCAGACUCAUGUUGAGUCUCUGAUCUACCAAGACUCCCAAGUCCUUCUCCAGCCAGCUGCAUCCAGCCAGGUGUCGCACGUUAUACCUGUGUUUUGAUUAUUCCUCCCGAGGUGCAGCACCUUGCAUUUGAACUGCAUCCUGUGGGCUCUAGCCCAGCUCUCCAACCUGCUGAGAUCCUUCUGAAUUGUGUUCACAUCCUCCAACGUGUUCUCAGUCCUUCCCAGUUUUGUGUCAUCCACAAACUUACUCAAGAACAGAGGUGGCCAACCUGCAG